GCGAGGAGAGAUUGACAAGCUCGAAGAGCCGCGGAGAACAGAGGCAGAGCCGGAGCUGCUAGGAGCAAAAGACUCCCCGGGGCGCAGUGCCCAGCUGAGCAUAGGACCAGCUCAAGCCCAGAGAGGCCCACUCUUCUGGGGGUGGAGAAGAGAGCUGGAGUGACCAGAUAAGAGAACUGCCUGACAACCACAGCUGUCCUCAUCAUGCCAGUUGCUGCUACCAACUCUGAGUCUGCUAUGCAGCAAGUCCUAGACAACCUGGGGACCUUUCCCAAUGCCACGGGCGCUGCUGAGUUAGACCUGAUCUUCUUACGAGGAAUCAUGGAAAGUCCAAUAGUAAGAUCCUUGGCAAAGGCCCACGAACGCUUGGAAGAGACCAAACUGGAGGCUGUUAGGGACAAUAACCUGGAGCUGGUUCAGGAGAUCCUUCGGGACCUGGCCGAGCUGGCUGAGCAGAGCAGCACGGCCGCUGAACUGGCCUGUAUUCUCCAGGAGCCACACUUCCAGUCCCUCUUGGAGACGCAUGACUCCGUGGCAUCAAAAAGCUAUGAGACGCCACCUCCCAGCCCUGGCCUGGACCCCAUGUUCAACAACCAGCCUGUCCCUCCAGAUGCUGUACGAAUGGUGGGCAUCCGAAAGACCGCAGGAGAGCACCUGGGUGUGACAUUCCGAGUGGAGGGUGGAGAGCUGGUGAUUGCCCGCAUCCUGCACGGGGGCAUGGUGGCCCAGCAGGGCCUGCUGCACGUGGGUGAUGUCAUCAAGGAGGUGAAUGGGCAGCCUGUGGGCAGUGACCCCCGGGGGCUGCAGGAGUUACUCAGAAGUGCCAGUGGUAGCGUCAUCCUCAAGAUCCUGCCCAGUUACCAGGAGCCUCACCUGCCUCGACAGGUGUUUGUCAAAUGUCACUUUGACUAUGAGCCAGCCCGGGACAGCCUGAUCCCCUGCAAGGAGGCUGGUUUACGCUUUUGUGCUGGGGACCUGCUCCAGAUUGUUAACCAGGAUGAUGCUAACUGGUGGCAAGCAUGCCACGUAGAGGGGGGCAGUGCUGGGCUUAUCCCUAGCCAGCUGCUGGAAGAGAAACGGAAGGCCUUUGUCAAGAGGGACUUGGAGAUGACACCAGCCUCAGGUGCCCUAUGUGGCAGCAUUUCAGGCAAGAAGAAGAAGAGAAUGAUGUAUCUCACUACCAAGAAUGCAGAGUUCGAUCGGCAUGAACUUCUGAUCUAUGAGGAAGUGGCCCGGAUGCCCCCCUUCCGCCGGAAAACCCUGGUGCUGAUUGGGGCACAGGGUGUGGGGCGACGUAGCCUGAAGAACAAGCUUAUUAUGUGGGACCAAGACCGCUAUGGCACCACUGUGCCCUACACAUCUCGUCGGCCUAAGGACACUGAGCGGGAAGGCCAGGGCUAUAGCUUUGUGACGCGAGCAGAGAUGGAGGCUGACAUCCGUGCUGGCCGCUACCUGGAGCAUGGGGAAUAUGAAGGGAACCUAUAUGGCACGCGAAUCGAUUCCAUUCGAAAUGUGCUCAGUGCUGGCAAGGUGUGCGUGUUGGAUGUCAAUCCGCAGGCAGUGAAGGUGCUAAGAACUGCUGAGUUUGUCCCAUAUGUGGUUUUCAUUGAGGCCCCUGACUUUGAGACCCUGCGUGCCAUGAACCGGGCUGCCCUGGAGAGUGGGGUGGCUACCAAGCAACUCACGGAGGCGGACUUAAAGCGGACAGUUGAAGAGAGCAGCCGGAUUCAGAGAGGGUACGGCCACUACUUUGACCUCACUCUGGUCAACGACAACCUUGAGAGAACCUUCCGAGAGCUUCAGACAGCGAUGGAGAAGCUGCGGACAGAACCCCAGUGGGUGCCUGUCAGCUGGGUAUACUAACCUUGCCACCCACGUCCGGCACAGGGAUUCACAUCCCCAUUCCACAAUCCUUAGUCACUCAGACCUCAUCCUCUGCCAGGAGGUGUCCUUGGGCAUCUUCUGCAGAGGUUCCCAUGUCCCUUAGCCCAGCUCCCUCGGGAAGCUGUGUCCACUCCUUGGGAUAAAAUGCCAGGUGGGCAAGGAAAGCUAGCAUCAGCUCUGCAGAAAACACUGUCAGGGUGAGGUAUGUUCAUGGGGUACCUCAGUGCCCAGGUGCUGCCCACCUUUCCCAUGCUGUUAGCUAUCAGCCUACCUGGUGCCCUCUCCACACCUCUCUAUGGGACCAAACUGUGUUUAGGAGGGUGGGGGAAGGGGAGAAGCCCCCCAAGGUGCCCAUCAGUCCAUAAAUGAGAAAAGCUGACACUUGGAUGAGCACCAAGGUCCCCUGCCACCACUUUAUUUAGUUACCUUUUCCCCAUCUACCCCUACCCCAGUACCCUUCCUACUGACUAGUCACUUGAUCCUGGGAUCCAGGGAUGGGAGAAUUAUUAUGUCACCAUCUAAAUGAACUGGCCAUUUGGUCCAGACCUGUCCAGGAGCUAGUUCUGCCUGGUGCUACCCCCAAAGCCUGGGGAAGACUGAAGCACAUGAAGCCAGGGACUAUGGUGGGAAAUGGGAACUAUCCUCUUUCUGGACAUUCCUGGAGAACAGAAUGGAAUUUGUGUUGGGAAAGAUUCCCAGGGCUUAACAUCUAUCAUCUCCCCUGCCCUCCCCCAAGUACACAGCAACUCACUGCCGAAGAUUCCCCUACUAUAUCUUCCAGACCCCUCAACACUGUUCUUCCCCAGUCUCACCUGGGAGGUAAUGGGAUGGGCAGGAAGACCUUGGCCUUGAGAAAGGAAAGCUAGACCUCAUAUAUCAUUUCUGUCAAAGAUCUCUAUGAACUUGGAAAAUUGAGAGGGGUCAGUCAACCUCAUGAUCCAGGCCCAAUAUUACUUGUGGUCUUACCAAGGGCUUAACCCCUCCAGGCAAUCUGGGCACCUGCUUUUUCCAGCUGACAGGGCCUGGCUCUGGGAGUCCUACUAGGAGGCUGGAGAUAGGAGGCCUGGGUGAUCUGGAGAGAGUAGGAUGGAGAAGGCUAAGUGGGAGUGAAGCACGAAGAAUGGAGCUUCUUCUGUCCAUGUCACACUGAUCAUUGUGUGUGAGACAUAUGUGUGGGCCUCUCUUUCAGGGAGGAAUGGGUUAUUUUGCUAUUGUGAAGGUCCUUCUUAAACUAGGGAGAAAUCCCACAUUCCAGAGUCUUAGAAAUUGUCAUAUUUUUAUCUCCCAACCCCUAGUUCCAUGCCCCAUCCUCCAAAUAUGUGAGGGCUCACCAUGACCCCCUAAUUUAGGAGUUUGGAGUAGUACAGAGGUCAACUUCGUAAAAUAGAAUUCCCCUUUAAGAAGAGAAUGCUAUCUUAGAAUUCCCAGGGUCAUGUAAUCUAUUUCCCUGCUUUCCCACAAGAUAGCCCUUUCAUCCCACAGGAAUCAAUAGGAAACCUUGCAGGGAAGGAAAAACAAAACAAAACUAGCCUCUCCCUGGUGUCUGUGUUCAAGGCUUCAGUCCUCAUCCCAAUCUACAUCCUUACCCUAACUUGAGGACCUAGCUAGGCCUUCUGUGUGUUUAACCUCAUCUUUCUUGCUGCAAUGUCAGCUCAAACUGGCUCCUGCACCACUGUGCCCCACCCUAUCCCAUUGUAUUGGGGAGGGAGGGAUGUCUCUUUCCAGGAGGCCCAGAAAACUAGUGCUCCCCAACCCCUUCUUGCUUAGGACCCUGGGAGUGCCAGUGGUUCAUUAGCAUAUUCCUGAGAGGGGGAGGAGAAACAUAUAAGAGAAUUAAGAGAGAAUAAACAGACUUAUUUAUUACAAA